GAAAUGGCCCCGACCAAUGACAAUGAACGGCCCAAUCCGAACGAAAAAGUUCUGCAUGUGUGGUCCAAGCCGAUAGCAGAAGGCGAUCAGGUUCCAGAGUCGGCCAAGAACCCGGAUGGAACUCCAACUUCUCAGACUGCAUUUUCAGCAGCGGUCUCUAUGAUAAAGAAAGAGGACUUUACGAACGUAGCGAACACACCAUGUGCACGGCAAGGACUUUUGACCGGCAUUGGAGCUGGGGCCGGCCUUGGCGGCUUGAAAUUUGUGCUUCAAGGCAAUGCCGCUAAAUCUGCCAAUUGGGCAGUUGGAGUCUUCAUGCUAGGUAGCAUAGCCUCUUACGAAUACUGCCAGUACCUCCGGCGCGCCGAGAAGAUCCAGAUGAAGCGACACAUUGAAGUGGUCACACAGAACAAAAAAGAGCAGGCAAGGAAGCUGGCUGAUGAGAGGCGCGAGCAGCAGAGGAUAGAGAAAGAGCGAGAAGCACGGAACCGAGCUUGGUAUAAGUUUUGGUGAAGCUUAGGCAGAUGCGCUGCCUUGUACCAUUAUGUAUAUAAAUAAAAGAAUAAGAGAUUCCACUUGGAUAUUACGGCCAAUUUCUGUUCAGAACAAUAUUAUGAGGAGGGUUGUCGAAAGCGUAUAUAUAAUGAAUUAUCCAAAAUCCCCACAGAAAUAUUGGAAAGCCCUGAACUCAUUCCUUGGUUGCUGUUCGCAAACAGUACCAUGAUCCCAAAAAUCCUAAAAUCCCAACGCCGCCAGCCCAUAUUCCUCAUCUGCCUCCAAGAGUAUCGCAGAACUAUUUCGUUCAAGCCAUAAAGUCCCAUCAAACGCCGUCAUUCAUCUGAUAUCGGUUUGAUACCAUUGCCCGUGCCAAGAUAUGGCUUCCAAGUUCUCCAAUCAUUAACAGUAUCAUAAUCAUGCCGUCAUAGUAAGGUUUCUGCUCUCCCCAUCUGUAAAUCUGACUUUCCUCGAGGGAAGUGACUUGUGAUCCCGCCUGGCGGGUGUACCAACCUCCCCUCGACGUCUCUGACUCCUCUUGUUCCUUGCCUCGUUCUCUUCUCGUUUCCUGUACUCUGCCAUCUGUUGCCGCCUCUUCAUAACCCGUGCGUGAGCGAGCGCUGGAGUGGGUUUGAAUCCAAUACCAUUAAUGCCAGUGCCGUCGUCAUCCUUGUCAUCCGGGUCGUAAAUAGUGAUUUCGUCCUCAUGCCAUGUUAAUGAAGCCCGCAGAGGAUCUACAAUUUCUGCUUCAUCAUCGGCGUCGGACAGUCCCUCAUGAGGAUGUCCCUUUUUGAAGCGUAGGGGCGGGGUGCCGGCUCUCUUCUUUCUAGACUGGGAUUCGGGUAGCUGGUUGAUGGAUGGAAAGACCUCCUGGAGCAGGCCUUCAGUUGAUGGAUCGGGAACGUCUAGCUGCAACGAAGGGUGAAGAGCCAUUUCGACCACUUCACCCGUUUCCAUCUCUGGCUUCAGCUCUGUCUCUGGCUGUAAUGCUAGUUCUGGCUGUGGGAUUAGGCCGGGCUGCAUCUCUGCAAUAGUAUGGGCACCUUCGUCUGAUCUAUGGCGUUUCCUAGUAGAUUCAUCGGAUUCCAUGUCCAUCUCAUCAGCAGCUUCGACAACUCUGCUCCCGCUUCCGAGAGCGAGACCGCGAAACCUAUGUACGACGGUUGAGGAGUGUGGGCUGUUGCUUCCAUCUUCCGGCGGGCCGGUUGCGGAGAGAUCGAACGAGAAUUUCAGCGGCGAAGUAGAUACAUCUGACUCUCUCUUCCGCUUUGGUGUGGCGUUUACAAAUUCAGUCAUGGUUUUCAGCCUUCUCUCUAGGGUAUCUUG